AUGCAGCUUGGUGAACGGCACUUGGUUGCAUUGCGCCAGCUCCUUCUGUUUGCGUCGGUUACUAUCGACCUCCCUUCUUCGGCUAGGAGACUCCUCGAAGUCCUCGAAGGCCGACCAGAUCUGGCUCGAAAUAUCCAGCGCAUCGCCAUCCACAAGAGUUGGGAGAAGCGCGUCCGUUAUCCUGAAGAGAAUGGCUGGAUAUGCGCUGCAGAGCAGGACCUUAUCACCCUCUUCGCACUUCUUGUUCAACUUGAGGGCCGCACUGUGGGACCUGAUUGGGCUUCGAUAUUAUCCGGACUGGCUCAAUGCGUUCACUCGUACCCUUCCACGCAUCCAUGGCUCUCCCGCGAGGAUUUUACCUUUACUUUCUCCCCCAAUUUGGAGACACUUCACAUGGAAACGUGUCGACAUCUUGAGAAGUACGAUUUCCAGAAGAUUCUUGCAAGCCUGGAAGAGUUGGGAAAGCGAUGGGAAGGGGAGCUCCAGCUGAAGACCUUCGUAUUCUGGCUUGCCUUCAAACCUCCGAGCCCGGGAGAACGGCCCCUACUAGCGGACGUGGAGUCGUUUCUUCAGCGAGAAACUAUUUUGACGCCGAUGGACCGCAUUCUUUGCAACGAGACGGAGUUUCCGCAGUCGCGCCAAGUCAUCGUACUCAUCGACGAUUCGCAUCUGGUCGAUAAACUGGAUUCUCUGGCUUUCAAGUCCCUUGGAGCACGAGUGGGGGACAGGUGA